UUUUGCCUGGCAACAAAUAAUAAUAAGUGUUUGACUCACAGUCGCAAUGAUGGUCUCGGACUUUAACUGCCAUCCUCUCAGGCUUCAUAAUAAGCCCGGUUGAACUUCCCCUACCGAAGGUCUCAGAGCUGUAUGCCGGCCCCGUGAAUUGCUGAAGAUUUCCCAUAUUUAUUAGGGAACUUGAAGUUUGUGCGAGCCGCAAGUUCCUUGUUCUCUUCACCCCCCCACCUUUCCCACUUGAGAGGAGGUCGCCUCGGAGCCAGCGAGACACAAUGACGACGCAGACGACGACGACCAGCAACGGGCAGGUCCCGGACUGGACGCCAGACUCGUGGAGGUCAAAACCGAUCAAGCAGUGUCCCGAGUACCCAGACAAGGCCGCUCUCGCCAAGGCGGUCUCGGAGCUCAAGCGGUUGCCCCCCAUCGUUCAUCCGCGCGAGAUCAUCGAGCUUAAGCAGCACCUUCGCGAUGUCGCGCAGGGCAAGGCCUUCUUGCUCCAAGGUGGAGACUGUGCUGAGCUGUUCGACUACUGCGAGCAAAACGCCAUCGAGUCCAAGAUCAAGCUGCUCCUGCAGAUGAGCCUGGUGCUGCUCUGGGGCGCCAACAAGCGCGUCGUGCGCAUCGGUCGCAUGGCCGGCCAAUAUGCGAAGCCUCGGUCCAGUCCCAUGGAGACCAUCGACGGCCGCCAGGUCCCAUCGUUCAGGGGCGACAUCCUGAACGGCUACCACCCCGAUGAACGGGAGCUCGACCCGGACAGGCUUGUCAAGGCGUAUUACCACUCCUCGGCCACUCUCAACUACGCCAGGGCGGCCAUCUCGUCCGGGAUCGCCGAUCUGAGCAGGCCCCUUGACUGGAGCCUCGGCCACGUCCGCGACCCGGUCUUGAAGGCCAAGUACGAGAAGGCGGUCGACUUCCUCAAGGACAUGCGGGACUUUCUGCACACCAUCGGGGCCGAAAACGAGAAGUUCCACACGGUCGACCUGUUCACCAGCCACGAGGGCCUCCUCCUCGAGUACGAGCAGCCGCUGACCCGGCUGCUCGACGACCCGACCGCGCCCCCUUCGGCGCCCCGCAAGGAGUACUACAACACGUCGGCCCACUUCCUCUGGAUCGGCGACCGCACGCGCCAGCUCGACCACGCGCAUGUCGAGUACUUCCGGGGCAUCGCCAACCCGCUGGGCGUCAAGGUGGGGCCGUCGACGCCGGCCUCGGACCUGCUGGCGCUGUUGCGCACGCUCAACCCGGCGCGGGAGCCCGGCAAGAUCACGCUCAUCACGCGCUACGGCGCCGACAAGGUGGCGUCGCUGCUGCCGGCCCACAUCCGCACCGUCGAGGACAGCGAGUACGCCGGCACGGUGGUGUGGCAGUGCGACCCCAUGCACGGCAACACCCAGUCGGUCGGCGGCGGCAUCAAGACCCGCCGCUUCUCCGACAUCUUCAGCGAGCUGCAGCAGACGCUGCGCAUCCACAAGGAACAGGGCAGCUACCUCGGCGGCGUCCACCUCGAGCUGACGGGCGACCCCGUGACCGAGUGCCUCGGCGGGAGCGAGGGCCUGGCCGAGGACGACCUGUCGACCAAUUACACCAGCUUCUGCGACCCGCGCCUCAAUGAGAAGCAGGCACUGGAACUGGCCUUCCUGAUUGCUGACCACUAUCGGACCGAACGGAACGGGAACGGAAACUAGGCCCGAGCCGCAGCUCAAAAAUGGGGAAGAGGGUGAUUCGUUGACUGGGACCAGGUUUGGCGUUACGGGGGAAGAAAAAGGGGAAAGGGGGGAAAAAGGGGGAAAAGAGUGAAGUUGGGGUUGGUCAGCAUCUGGUCGGUACGCAUGCAUCAAGGGAACCCCUUCGUAUAUUCACCAACAACGGGCGUGACAACACAUCCGCGCUGUGUCAUAUAUGUAUAUAUAUAUAUAUA